AUGAAAUAUUUUACUUUAUUAACUGUCUUAUCGACUGCUUUGGCCACUCCAUUGCAACACCAACACCACCACCAUCAUGAACACGCCAGAAGAGCCGAAGUAACCCAGGUUGUUUAUGUCGACAGCAACGGUAACCAAGUUCAAAGUCAAGUCACAGAAAACGCUUCUUCUGGUGUUACUGGUGAAACUACUGCCGAAACCAUUCAAACUCGUUCAAGUGAUGACAGCAGUAGUAGUGACAGCAACCCAGUUGCUUCAAUUGCCAGCUCAGUUGCUUCAAGUGUUUCCUCAGCUAUCGGUGAUAUUGAAGGUGAUUUGAGUGCCUUUUCCGACCCAAGCAAGAAAUUUGAAGAUGGUGUUUACGAUUGUGAUUCCGUUCCAGUUGGUCAAGGUGUUAUUGCCGUUGAUUGGGUUUCUGGAUUAAACGGUGGUUGGACCACCAUCAUGAACGAAAAUGGUGACACUUCUUCCAGCUGUAAGGAUGGUUACUACUGUUCUUAUGCUUGUCAAGCUGGUAUGUCCAAGACUCAAUGGCCAUCUGAACAACCAAGUAAUGGUAUGUCUAUUGGUGGAUUAUACUGUAAGAACGGUAAAUUGUACAGAUCUAACACUGACAACGAUUACUUAUGUCAAUGGGGUGCCAAAGAUGUCAACUUUGUUUCUGAAAUCAGCAAGGACGUUGCUAUCUGUAGAACCGAUUACCCAGGUUCUGAAAACAUGAACAUCCCAACUUUGUUAAGUGCUGGUGGUAAAGCCCCAUGUUCUGUUGUCGAUGGUGACACCUACUUCAAAUGGUUAGGUGGUAAAACUUCUACCCAAUACUACGUCAACAAUGCUGGUGUUUCCGUCGAAGAUGGUUGUAUCUGGGGUACUGAAGGCUCUGGUGUUGGUAACUGGGCUCCAGUUGUUUUGGGAUCUGGUACUACUGGUGGUAAAACUUACUUGUCAUUGAUUCCAAACCCAAACAACAAAGACAAACCAAACUACAACAUCAAGAUUGUUGGUGAUGAUGUCAACGGUGACUGUAAAUACGAAAAUGGUCAAUACAAUGGCAGUGGUUCCGAUGGUUGUACUGUUACUGUCAAUUCUGGUUCUGCCAAAUUUGUUUUCUAUUAG